CAAGUCCGGGACCCUCAGAGCCCCCCCUCCCCUUCUGGUCGGGAAGUUUCAGCAGGAAAUCGGACUGCCCGGGGCAGCUGGCACCGCCACCCGAGCCGCCCCCAAGCUGGCAGGAGCAAAGUAACCACCACUGCCAGCCUGCCUUGGGGCCGCCCCCUUUCCCCGCCGCCAAGCCUGGUCUUUCCCGGAGAGGACCCAAAGGACUCACCUACCCCCACCCCUUCACUUCAUAAAUCGAUUCUCCAUCCAAGGGGCGCAGGGCGCUUCCGGGAAACAGAUCAGAACCUUUGUAUUGGUCUGAUCAGCAACAAUUGGACACAUUGUACCUUCACCCCAGCAUAGUGAUGUCAUUUUGGUCCUCGUCAAGAACAAAUGACAAUAACCAAACAACCAACGAGUUGAUUCUCUAGGAUUCUAUGCAGAGACCAAGUUCAAUGUGGAAGAGACGAGUGUAAAUCUGAAAAUGACCUCCUGGAAAGACUGUACUGAAGACAGGGCUGGAGAAAAAGAUUGUGAAAGCAAUCCACAUAGUGAAGCUUUGAGAAAUAGUUCCAAUGUUGAUAAAGAUAAGAGAUUACAUACUGAAGAGAAACCAUAUGAGUGUCAUGAAUGUGGUAAAGCUUUUUGUGUACACUCUUCCCUUGUUGUACAUCAGAGAAUCCAUACUGAGGAGAAGCCUAAUGAAUGUAAUAAACCUAGAAAGACUUUUAGAGAGAGAUCUACUCUUGCUAAACACCAGAGGAUCCAUACUGGAGAACAAUCUUUCAUAUGUGAUCAGUGUGGAAAGAAUUUCCGAUGUUACUCCAAGUUUGCUGAACAUCAGAGAAUCCACACUGGUGAGAAACCUUAUGAAUGUAAUGAAUGUGGAAAGGCUUUCACACAGCACUCCAAUCUUGCUAAACAUCAGAGAAUUCAUGCUGGAGAGAAACCUUAUGAAUGUAAUGAAUGUGGAAAGGCUUUUACACAGCACUCCAAUCUUGCUAAACAUCAGAGAAUCCACACUGGAGAGAAACCUUAUGAAUGUAAUGAAUGUGGAAAGGCUUUUACACAACACUCCAAUCUUGCUAAACAUCAGAGAAUCCAUGCUGGAGAGAAACCUUAUGAAUGUAAUGAGUGUGGAAAGACUUUCACACAGCGCUCUAAUCUUGCUAAGCAUCAGAGAAUCCACACUGGAGAGAAACCUUACGAAUUUAAUAAAUAUAAAAACACUUUGAGAGAGACAUCUACUCCUACUAAACAUCAGAGAAUCCACACUGGAGAACAAUCUUACAUAUGCGAUCAAUGUGGAAAGAAUUUCCAGUGUUACUCCAAAUUUGCUGAACAUCAGAGAAUCCACACUGGAGAGAAACCUUAUGAAUGUGAUGAAUGUGGAAGGGCUUUCACACAGUACUCCAAUCUUGCUAAACAUCAGAGAAUCCAUGCUGGAGAGAAACCUUAUGAGUGUAAUGAAUGUGGAAAGGCAUUCACACAGCACUCCAAUCUUGUUAAACAUCAGAGAAUCCACACUGGAGAGAAACCUUAUAAAUGUGAUCAUUGUGGAAAGGCUUUCACACAGAGUUCAAAUCUUGCUAAACACCAGAGAAUCCAUUCUGGAGAGAAAUCUUAUGAGUGUCAUGCAUGUGGUAAAGCUUUUAGUGCACACUCUUCCCUUAUUAAACAUCAGAGAAUCCACACUAGAGAGAAACUUUGUGAACAUAAUAAAUACAGAAAGAAUUUCAAAGAGAGAUCUACUCUUGCUAAACAUCACACAAUCAGCACUGGAGAACAAUCUUACAUAUGUAAUCAAUGUGGAAAGAAUGUCCGAUGUUACUCCAAAUUUGCUGAACAUCAGAGAAUCCACACUGGAGAGAAACCUUAUGAAUGUGAUGAAUGUGGAAGGGCUUUCACACAGUACUCCAAUCUUGCUAAACACCAGAGAAUCCAUGCUGGAGAGAAACCUUAUGAAUGUAAUGAAUGUGGAAAGGCUUUCACACAGCGCUCUAAUCUUGCUAAACAUCAGAGAAUCCACACUGGAGAGAAACCUUUUGAAUGUAAUCAAUGUGGAAAGGCUUUCACACAGAGCUCAAAUCUUGCUAAACACCAGAGAAUCCAUGCUGGAGAAAAACCUUAUGAAUGUAAUGAAUGUGGAAAGGCUUUCACACAGAGCUCGAAUCUUGCUAAACAUCAGAGAGUCCACAUUGGAGAGAAACUUUAGGAGUGUCUGGAAUGUGGUAAAUCUUUUAAUGUACAUUCUUCUCUGAUGAGAUAUCAGAGAAUCCAUUCUAAAUGAAAAACCUCAUUAAUAUAAUCAAUGUGGGAAAUUAUUCAGGACAAAGUCAUCCCUUAUUUUCUGCCCGAAAAUUCAUAGAAGAGAGAAAUCACAUCUCUGCAAUGAAUAUGGAAAGGCAUACAAAUGGAGUACAGAACUUGUUAGACAUUAGGAAUUACAUCUUGGGAACAAGCCAUAUAUGGACUCAGUCUGAAAAUAUCUUCAGCCCAAGAUCAUUUCUUGCUUUACAUGAGAGGAUAUACAGUGGAGAGAAGACUUAUGAAUGUGCUUAAUGAGGACCUUCCUAUCUCUGGAACAUGGAGGCCACUAGACACCACAAUAUUCACAAUGGAAAGAAGUCUUAUAAAAGCAAGAAUUGUGGGAAGGCCUUCACCUGGAGUUCAUACUUGGGUGUACACUGGAAAAAUCUGGCUACAGUUAAAAUUUAUGGAUCUAAUUAAUGAGAGAAGGCCUCUCCCUGCAGGACAGAACUCAUUACACAUUGCAUAUUUCAUCCUGUGCAUGAAGCCCUGAAAAUGGAUUUAAUUUUUCUCUGAAAUCCUAGGGUUUAUCAUGACUCCUCUCUAAUAUUCCAUGGCAUUCCUAUACCAUAACUUCUUCAGCCAUUCCCCAUUUGAUUGGUAUUCACUUUUUUUCAUGAUUAUCAGCUGGCACAAAAAGUCCUAGUAUGAAUAUUUUAGAAUCUGUUGGAUAUUUAUUUUUGUAAUAAUUUUUUUAGACUCCUGGGUGGCACAACAGAUAAAGACUUUGCCUGAAUGAACAAAAUCUGAGUUUAAAUUCAGCCUCUGAUACUGACUAGCUGUAUAAGCCAGGGUGAGUCACUUAACCUAUUCCUGUCUGAAUUUUCCCAUCUGCGCAAUGGGGAUAGUAAUAGCACCUACCAAAUGGCAAGCAGAAUGAUUUAAAAAAAACUGGAAAGAUUUACAUAAACUGAUGCAAAGUGAAGUGAACAGAACUAGAAG